CUGUGCGCGCUUGCCCAGCCAGCCCCUCGCUCUCGCUGGUUUGUGCUCUGCGCUCUCGCUGAGCUUCACCUUUCUGGGCGCUCCUUGGGGUACAAGACUCGAGAGGUUUUAACUGCGAACGUUCGGAACUAUUUUUGGAUGUGAAGGAUGGACUUCUCAGUGAUUACUAUUGGACAAGUACAAAAUGUGCUUUCAGCUAUGCAGAAGAACUUGGAGUGCCCAAUAUGCCUGGAUGUGGUACAAGAGCCUGUUUCAACAAAAUGUGAUCACAUUUUCUGCAGGUUCUGCAUGUUCAAACUUAUCAACAAAAAGAAAAAAGGUGUGGUGGAGUGUCCUCUGUGUAAGACUGAAGUUACCAAGAGAAGUCUGAAAGAAAAUUCCAGAUUUAAGCAACUAAUUGAAGGACUGUUGGAAACUAUCCAUGCUUUUGAGCUUGACACUGGAGUGAAGUUUUUAAAGAAUCAUCACUUUCCUAAAACAUCCACGGAAGCCACUGCUGCUGAGUCCCUGUGUAAAGAAAGUUCUGUCGUCCAAAGCAAAGGCUUCAGAAACAGGAGAAAAAGUGCUAAAGGCAAUGGACAAGAAAACAUCACCUUGCAGGAAGCUAGUGUGAAUAUUCAGCUUACAGAUGCCAAAAUGUGUCGCCCAAGAAACAAACCCCAGAAAUCUGAUUCUCAAAAGGGUAUUUAUAUAGAGUUUGGCUCUGAAUCAUCUGAAGAGUUUUUUAAGCAGGCAAGCAAAACUGGGUUUGAAGACAAAGGAGCAGUUCAGAUUUCUUCUCAAGUAAGGCUGGAAGAACUUGAGAGUGCUGAGAAAGGGAAUGAAAAUUCUUGUAAUGCACAGCCUGACAAGUUGUGUGCCAAAGAAAUAACACUACCAGAUAUCACAGGUGAAAGUGAUUUCUCAAAGGAAUGUUUGAGUAAGAAAAGCACUCAGAGCAUCACUGAAUGUGCCAAACCUGACCAAGUGAAUGUGACUGAAUGCCAGAAUUCUCCUUUGAAUGUCCUUGCUGUAGACCUGCUCCCAGAGCAGUGUGACAGAACAGGUGAUGCCAGUCCCACAGUGCAUGAGGACACAUCAUUCUUUAAGAACACAGAAGAAAUGGAGGAACAGCAAGCCCAGUACAACAGUGAAAACCAGGAGUUUGAUGUAGAAGAUAGCUCAGAGAGCAGGCUGGAUAAAAUCAAGGAAAUGGAUACUGAUGUACAAAGUGUGGAAGCUGUAGAGGGAUGUGAACCUGAGAAUGACUCUUCCCAUGACAAAGAACAUCCUCUGGAGGAGCUACCUCAGCCAGAGACACUUCACUCUGCCACCCUGAAUAAAGUCUCCAAGAAGAGACUGAAGCAGAGCAUUCAGAAAGUCAAUGAAUGGUUUUCAAAAAGCAAUGAGGUUUUGUCUUCCAGUUCUUCACUGGAUGAAUCUGCUGCAUCAGCUGAUGUUUCAGGUGAAGGAGAUGUCUCUUUAUCUGAUAAAGAGUCCUGUAUUUCAGCAAAGACUGACCCUAUGGCAGAUUCCAUGGAAAUUGCAGCAGUGGAAGGAAAAAAGAGGUGGUCAAAACAAACAGCAGAAAACAUCAAAGACAAAAUAUUUGGAAAAACAUACAAGAGAGGGAGGAAAUCAAAUCCCCCUUCUACCUUGAGAGACAUUUUGCCUACUAGGCAAAAGGAAGGUGUGGCUGCAGAUAAGUGCCUGAAUGAUUUCAGCAAAGACAGACUCAAAAGAAAGAGGAAGACAGCCUGUGUCCUGCAACCUGAGGAUUUCAUCAAGAAAAAGGAUACAGAAAAGGCAGAUGGGGACCCUCAAAGUGUUAAUGGGGGCCUUGGAGAUGCUGAAAAGAAAAGAUGUGAUGAAAGCGUUGCUGUUAAUGAGAGUCACCUCUCUCAGAAUAGAGCAAAUAAUGCAUUAACAGAACCUGAAGAAGGAGGAGAGUCCACAUGGAAGAAAGCUGCUGAGAAAGUCACUACCAAGCACUGUGAUGGGGAACCAGAAAUGUAUAACUGUGAUCAGAAAAGCAGCAAAAAAAGAAGUUCUGCAGCAAAAAGAGGCAGGCAUUCUAGUAGAACUAUGUGUGCUCUACAGUUAGUAGUGGACAGAGGCUCUGUUUUCCCUGAUGCAGCUGAGCCACAGAUUGAUAGCUAUCCAAGCAGUGGAGAGCCCAGGAAAGCUGAUUCUGAGCAAAAUCCAGUCAGACGCAGCAGAAGGCUUCAGUUACUCUCUGAAGAAAUGACAAAAGAAACAAGGAAAGGAGUAAAGGCAGCAAGAAAGAAUAGCAGUGAUCGUGGGAGGUCUGUCUCUGGAGACCAAAGGAAUGUGGCAUCUCCCUCUGCUGAAUGCAAAGACCUGUGUGAGCCUCAAGAUGAGUUGAGUUACAGGCCAGUCACUAAUUUGGAGGGAGGUGAUCUGGAAGCAAGUGAAAUGCAGGUUAGUCUAAAGAAUUUAUCUCACACUGCAGAAACUGGAAAAAGUAUGUUCAGUCCUUCAUGUCUGCCUUCAAACUGUGGUUCCACUGUGCCUGAUACAGGUUCUCAAGACAGUAAAAUACUAGGCAGCCCCCUCCUCCUACAACUUCCUUCAGUGUCUGAUGGGCAAACUCCUUCUCACCACACUGAGGAGGUGACUGAAUCACCUACUGCUUUUCCCCUGGAAUGUGGGCAUGAUUCACAAAAUGUUUCAGGGGACUUCAAAACUGAAAAGUUGCCAAUGGCUAAAAAUGUUUUGGAAUUGACUAAGGAAGCUGAAGACAGCGACGUAGACACACAGUACCUGCGGAAUAUAUUUCGGCAUUCGAAGCGCUCAUCCUUCAGCCUUUUUCAGGCUCCCAGGCAGGCACGUGCAGUGGAAGAUCCUCCUUCUGAAACCCUAAAUCUAUCGUGUGCUGCUCAGGUAGAAAACAAGGCUAGCAAACAAUUACAAGCAGAAAGCUUGCAAGAGGAGAGAACAGCUGCUCAAAACUCGAGCAGGGUUUCUGAGAAGGAGAAGCUUAAACCCUGUGAGUCUGCACGUGUCGAUCCUGUGCCUUGCUUUGCUGUCAGCACAGGAGAGCACAGGAGGGAUGACAUUUCACAGGCUGCAGAGGAAGGGACUCUGACACCAGCAAGAGCAGGGACUGCUCAGUCUGAGCACAAAAAUGGAUUGCUACAAGAAGAGCAGGGCGAUGAAAAGCCAGCGUCAGGUGAGAUAGGGAUAGAAAGUGAGUUGAGACAGAAUCCCAUUGAAAGUGAUGGAAGCCAAAGUGAUCAGAGUAACACAGAGAAGCAUGAUUCCAGACAAAAUGAUUUAAACAUAGGCCAGGAAAACAGCUUCUGUUCAGAAAGCAAUCAGGCAGGAAAGACUGAAGUUGUUGAUUGCACAGGACCAAUUCUACAUUUUCAAUCCACAUCAAUGAUUUGUUCUGCAACUUGUCAGCAAAGCCCUGCUGAAUUCAGCUGUGAAGUCACUAGGACAAACAGUAGCAAAAGAGAAAGAAAACAUGUAAAGGGGAAUGAAGAAGAAGCAGCCCAAACUGUUACUACAGCUGCAGAGGCUCUGGAAGAACCUCUUGGAGAGAAUCAUGAUCUUACAGGUUUGUCUGAAACCCCUAAUGCCUUACUGUGCUCUGAUACUGACAUUGAGGAGAACACCAGCUUAUGUGAAACUGAUAGGAAAGAGCAAUCUGCAGUGUUUGUAAAAAGUGACAAUGCCCUGGGAAAAGAGCUGCACAAGAGAAAUGCAAGCUCUAAGCCAAGAUCUCGAGGUACUCGGAGGUCUCGAAGACGAGUGCAGAAACUGCCAUCUUCAGAUGAAGAGUCCUGUGAGGAUGAGGACUUACCAUGCUUUAGGACAUUAAUCUUCAGCAAAUCAGCAAGCACGCCUUUGCAGACUGAUAAACAAAUGUCAUCUGUGGUAGAGUCUCCAGUGGCAGAGUGUCCAGUGAGCCCAAAUGUGCUGCCUCACAGUGUGAGUGACGAUGGCAAUAUUGUGCCAAAGGUGCCUGAAGCUGCCCUGAGUAAUGUGUGUGCUUCACCGAGCCAGGAGUCAGAAUGCUCUGUCAACUUAUUUUCUUCCCAGUCCAACCUGUCUGAAGAAUCACUCAAUGGAGCACAAGAACUGAACAAACAUUUACCACAAGCUCAUGUGUCCAAAGAAAUGAGCAGUGUAAAUGACCGCAAAGAAACUUCUCAGAAUUCUGGUGGAGGGCUGAAGGAAACCAAAGAUGAAUGCCAAGAAGACCCAGACAUGGGAGCAAAUCUAGGUGAAGCAUCUGGAUAUGACAGUGAAAUAAGUAUUGUAGAAGAUUCCUGUGGGCCAUUCUCUCAGGGUGAAAUCCUCACUACACAGCAAAAGAAUGCUAUGCAAAAUAGCCUGAAAAAACUUCAGCAAGAAAUGGCUGCACUUGAAGCAGUGCUAAAGCAGAAUGGAAGUCAGAACUGUGAAGUUUUACCUGUCCAUAGGGAACUGCCACCUUCCAGUACUGAAGGAGCAUUUGAAAUGGAUCAAAUGAGGAAAGAAAAUAAAAGGUGUCCAGAAUUGUUGCUUUCAUCUUCUAAGUCCUCUUUAACAAAGAGAUCAGAUCUGGAGAAAGGUCCUGAGUGUGACAGUGUUCUAAAGAGCAAAACUCCCUCUGAAAAGACAAAACCUGUGCAGGAGGCAGUGCAAGAACACAGGCAGUGUCAGCUUGGAGCAGAAAAUGCAGAGGAGCAGAAAUCUGGGACCAGGCAAAACAGUGCAUCUGUCUCAUCAGAUCUUUUUGGAAAUGAGAGUCCAGAUAACCCUUCCUCCUCUGCAAGGUUUUUUACCCCUCAAACUGCAGAAGCCACAGCUGGGCCUGUUCUGGCUCAGAACACUGAUAAAAGCUGUGGCCCAGGACACAAAUUGAAGAGAAGUGGAUGUUUUCCUGUACCUGUUCUGCACAAUGCAACUGGGAAAGAAAAUACUACAAAUCCAGUGGUGACCAAGAGGAAAGAAAUGUCAAUUGUGGUAUCAGGUCUAAAUCACAGUGAGCACUUGGUGGUCCAGAAGUUUGUGAAAAAAACUCGGAGCACUUUAUCUAAUCACAUUACUGAAGGAACAACCCAUGUCAUAAUGAAAACAGAUGAGGAGCUGGUGUGUGAACGGACACUGAAGUAUUUCCUGGGCAUUGCAGGAGGAAAAUGGGUCAUUAGUUAUCUGUGGAUAAUCCAGUCUUUUAAAGAAGGAAGAAUACUGGAUGAGGAGAAAUUUGAAGUCAGAGGAGAUGUAAUCAAUGGGAGAAACCACCAAGGUCCCAAGAGGGCCAGACAGGCCCUGACUGGCAAGAUCUUUAAAGACUUUGAGAUCUGCUGCUGUGGACCCUUCACUGAUAUGACUACAGAGCAUCUGGAGUGGAUGGUGGAGCUCUGUGGUGCCUCUGUGGUGAAGCAGCCUGACCUGUUCACACCCACAGCAAAUUCUACUGCUGUUGUGGUUGUGCAGCCAGAUGCUUGGAAGGAAAACGUGGAUUAUAGAGCAAUGCAGCAGCAGAGCAACGUUGCCGUGGUAACUCGGGAGUGGGUCCUGGACAGCGUGGCUUGCUACCAGUGCCAGGAGCUCAGUGCUUACCUCGUGUCCUGAGGGUGAACAGCAGCUCUUAGCAGUAAUAAAAUGACUGAAACAUCACCAUCUGAAGGUGGAAUUACCCACUGUUCUUUAAAGCUUUACAUCAGCUUAAAGGACUAUGAGAUUAUAAAUGUUAAACAAAUUUAAAAAGUUAGAGAAUGUAGCACAUGGUGGUCUCAGAGAAAUGGUGAUAUAUUAUUUGCCAUUGCAGCCAAUUUCUGUUUAAAUACUUGGGGACAGUCAUUUAAAAGGAAUAUUGGGCUCAGGGUUUCAAUUAAAACAUACCUGCACUCUGGAGCAACCUCCAUAUUUUCAUUUUACUUAAAUACAAACCCUGAAUACUAUUUUGUGAUUUUUAAUGCAUCAGCCUUAGCCACUGAUUGAUUAUGGUUGUGUUGAAAGCUCUACAAACAGCUUUCCUGUUGUGCAUCAAACUCACCCUAACCAGAAACACUGGCCACAGGUGUGGUGCCCAGAAAUGCAGUGAUUGAGUCCAAGCUGGGAAGGCUCAAACCCAGGAACCUGUGCCAGUGCUGUCAGGCUGAUUUCUGACAAGUGUAUGUGGCACUGUGAAAGGAUAAUGAAUAGAUGCAUUUUAGUAUCCUGGUGACCCAUGAUAAGCCCAAAAAUAUCUGCUUCUAAUAGUCCCUGCUUGUAAAAUGAGGCUGCAAAGAAAUUGGCUUUUUAUGAAAGAAAAUAUCUUGUUUGUUUCUGUUGCCAAGCAGUUCAGUUUCAUACCUAAUUUUGUACUUUGGGAGCAGAACUGCUUGUUUAAAAAGAAAAAUAAAAUGUAGCUAAGUUCAGAAAGUUGUUUUGUGAUAAGAUGCUGCUGUCUUGGAAAGUUACAGAGAAAAUAUGUUUAUAAAUAUUUGAAUGCACAAAAGAAAUAAAAUUCUUUUGGCAAAUA